AGCUGAUUCCUCGCCAGGGGGCUCAGCAUCAAUGCAUCGUCACAGACAGGCGGAUCCGGUGUGAUAUCCCUCGGACGUGAUGGCCAAGCCCACGGCAGCUGCAUCCACCCUCCACCUCCACCCUCGGCAGCUCGUCCCUCCCACCCCUUCGCCAGGCUCUGCUGCGCUGUCCCACUAAAGGCGAUUUCAGCACCGGGACAGAUCCCGCACUGUCGGAUGGCAACAUGGCGACAGAGUUCCACAACCUUCAGGAGCUGCACCACAGUGCAUCUCUGGCCACCAAGGUCUUCAUUCAGAGGGACUACUCUGAGGGGACCGUCUGCAAGUUCCAGACCAAGUUUCCCGCAGAGUUGGACAGCCGGAUCGAGCGGGCCCUCUUCGAGAACACGGUGAAGACGCUCAACGAUUACUACGCGGAGGCCGAGAAGAUCGGCGGCCAGUCAUACCUGGAGGGCUGUCUGGCCUGCGCCACGGCAUACAUCAUCUUCCUGUGCAUGGAGACGCGCUACGAGAAGGUGCUGAAGAAGAUCUCCAAAUACAUACAGGACCAGAACGAGAAGAUCUACGCCCCGCGAGGUCUGCUCAUCACAGACCCCAUUGAGAGAGGCAUGCGAGUUAUCGAGAUCUCUGUCUUCGAGGACCGCGGCUCCAGUGCCUCCAGCUCGGGCAGCAGCUCCACCAGCAGCAGCAGCAGCGGCCGAUGACUGGCGGAGCAGCACCAGGGGUAUGGGUACCGGGGGGCGGAGGCGCUCCCCAAGAUCCGCAUGCUGAAACAUGAGAGCACCCGAUUCUGAGCCGGGAGCAGUGCCGUGGGCAGUACACUGCAGCGCACUGCACCACACUGCAGCCAGGAGCUCACACACACGCACGCGCACACACACGCUCCCCCCUGUCCCGCCCCCACUAACCCUGUCUCUGUGGUCAUGUCUUUCAUCCGCCAUUUACACAGAUGCAAAGUCCAGGUGCAGAUAGUACAAAUCCAGACCAAAGUUUCGCUUCAACCGACCCGUUGAGUAUAAUGAGUAACAUUCAUUACUGAACUGGUUGGUCGAAACAAAACACUGGACUGGAUUUGUACUUUCUGGACCUGAACUUUCCACCUCUGGCAAUUCACAUAUGCUGCUUAGUUGGGCUGGUUUUCUCUGUGGCACCAUCCUGUAGUGUCGUCACCACUCACCACAACUGCUGCGUAGCCCUAAGAGGGUCCGAAACAGAAUGUACGUGGCACAUGGUGGGCCAGUAAUUCUACACCGGUGGUCAAUGGACUGUCAUGGCACCUCCAAACCCUUACCUGGGCGGACAGGGUCACAUCUUUACAUGAUUAUUUCCAGGGAAUGAUCGUAUUGGUCAAACAACUUUAUAUGACCAUUGAUAGACAAAAAAACAGAGAAGGACCCUCGUUUUUCCAUGUAUGUGACAUGGAGGACCCUCCAUACAGGCAUCAUGCAAGAAGAUCAGCAGAGACCGGCUCAGCCUGGUGUUCCUGUCAUUCCCAGCCCCAUUCCACGCCUGCGAUCUCUUUUUAAGGCUAAUGAUCCACUGUCCCGAACCCCGGGGAUCCUAAGCGUGAGCCCACAGUGAUGGAGCCACAGUGCAUUAUGGGAAUGAGCGGAUCUGAUGAUGCCAUGCUGGGCGCUCCAAUCUCAGACCCAGUGCGCUUACAUCUUUCGUAAUGAGAUCCUGCAGAUUGCCUGUCGGUACAGAAGGCGGAACACUAUAACACUGACCACCCAGCCACUUAUCCAGCACAGGGUCGCAGAAAAACUGAAAACUGCACAGCCUACAGCGCCACCAUUGGGCCGCAGUGGGAACUGCAGGGGCCCGAAAGCAUGAGACACGAGACAGCUGAUCAUCCCAUGACCCUCAUAUCUUGGCCUUCUUAGUCCAGGUCCAUUUCUCCUCAUUACAAUAUGCUUUCAUCACCACCAGUCAUUAUUAUUAUUAUUAUUAUUAUUAUCAUUAUUAUUAUUAUGCAAUUGGUUUUUAUCUCUUGAAUUAUUCACAUAUCUUCUGGUUUUGUUUAAAUCUGUCUUUAUUUUGAGACUCAGAGGGUUUGAAGUUCUCUCUAGUACCUGUCCUGACCCUCCCCUCCCUCACCAAGCCCCGCUUGGCUUUUUGCCCCCCCCCCCCAGAUUUCUCUUUGACUGGAGGUGCUUGGUAUAUCACAGCGUAGCACAUAAGGCUGGAGGGGGCAUGAGGGGAGGGCAGCUGGCAUCCGACAGGCAAGGUGGCACACUUUUAGUGAAUCAGAUUUGCUUUCCCGCUGGCUAACAUGAUUAUGAUUUGUGUUUAUAUAAUUUACCCCUUUAAUUUAUCCUCUCAUUUUCCUCCCCCUUUUGUUUUCAGCACAUCACCUGGCACCCCAACAACAACAACAACUAUUUUUUAACACCUGUCCUGAGCUUUGCACAUUUAUAGAAGUAGCUGAUGGCGGGGGUCCUGGCGGGAGAGGCAUGUUCGUUAGCUCCUCCCCCAAAGCCCCGCCCACACCUAGCCUCACACUGCACACUGUUCAGGUAGCUCCUGUGCCCCACCCUUCCUAGCCCCACCCACCGCCAUAACGGAUGCCUUCAUGUUUCUCCCCUGUGGAUAUACUCAACCUUGGCGCUGAAAAAUGGACCCUUCACCUCUGCUGAGCCUGAUGUACAGUUUACAGUGCAUGAAGCCAUUUCUGUAUGCG